GCGGAAUGGCGAACUGAGGCGRAGACARGGAAGAUGGAGRAGAGCGAGACCAAGAUUGCCCUCCUCCUCUCCCAUCUCACAGACCUCCUGGCGACAUGCAUCGCGCAGCAGGAGGACAUUCACAGCCUCGAUGCCGAAGUCAAGAGUGUUCGCAGCCGCGUACAGCAGCUGGAGCAACGACCAGCCGCCGCACCUGUGGCAAGCUCCUCCAACACAUCAGACCGCCUGGACGCAUUGGAGACUGACGUCAGCACACUCAAGGACAGCGCACGACUACAACAAACCGCUACUCAACAAUCGGAGCAGCGGGUCUGUGCUGCCGCCGCCAGCCCGAGUUCGGGACAGCGCGAGUCAACUCCCAAGUUUGACGGUCAUGAGAUCUUCUGCGAUUCAACAAAGACGGAUCCAGUUCAGUGGUUCCGCAAGUUUGAACUCACGUUGCAGCUGCACCUCGUCAGUGAAUGCAAGCACCACCCAUACUUAUACUCCCGGUCGGGAGGCGCAUGCCAGGCAUGGCUGGACAAUCUCUUGUCCCAGUACGGGGUGGUCGCUGCCGAGUUACACACGAAGAUCAGCUGGGAAGACCUCAAGGCCGCGUGGCACAAGCGGUUCCAAGUGGAGCCGCCGGAGAUCAAGGCCAUGGACAAGCUCAUGACCUUCGAGCAAGGCUCGCUGCCAAGUGUCGACUGGAUUGCCGAGUACCAAUGCUUGACAUCCGUCCCAGGUCUCCCGAUGGGCUUCAAAGCCAUCAAGCACUACUUCAUUUCGAGGUCGUGCCCGACGUUGAGCAACGCCUUGACGCAUGUCGAGGACACACUKACAACGACGGCRCAACUGUUCGACAAGGCCGCACAGAUUAUCAUCACGAACAAGGAGGCGAAGMACCUCACUCGUGCUGCGGCAGGCCCGAGCAAGGACCAGCAUCGGCCCAAGGUGGCCGUGGUUGCGGCGGCAUCGCCAAGCAGCCAAUCUAGCGAGGCGGAUGGGCUGCCCUACCAAGGGGAAGGGCUAGCAGGGAAACUGAGCGCCGCCGAGAGUGAGUCGACGACACUCUCGACGCCUUCGGAACCGGUUUCUUCGCGAGUGACCGGCCUUCAUUCCGGGGCGCAUGCGGAAGUCGACAGUCCUCUUCUCUAUUCUUUUGAGGACUAUGCUGCCCGGCUCGUUCCGGCGCUGGGAUCUUUUGCUCAAGGACAAGACGUGUGUGCGGCAUCUUCUCCGUCCGACAACGGUUCUUCUUCGUCUUCAAGUGGUUCUUCACGGGAUUCGGCGCGCGGGUUCAACAUAGAGGAAUUGGACCCGCUCAAGUCUGGGGAUUUCGCAUGGCUUCCUCUCCCGACCACGGGCCGCUUACCGGGACCGCAAUGCGCAGCACUCUGUGCCCAUCUUCACAAGUACUCGUCCUUCUAUGCACCACCAACUUCGCCGACGGAUGACGAGGUCGCGGUGGGGGACAUCUUGGCAUAUGUUACCAAGGUGGCCCGCGAGUUUCGCACGCAGCGGUACGACGACAACAAUGCACCGCUGAUGUAUGUCCGCAUCCAAGUUGGGCAGGCGUCCUGCAGCGCUUUGCUGGAUAGCGGCGCGACUCGCAACUUCAUGAGCCAAGCCUUUAUGCAAAGGGCUGGCCUCGGCGCGCAGGUUCGGAGGAAGGCAAACCCGACGGCGAUCAAGUUGGCGGAUGGAAAGACGCAGCAACUUCUCGACCGUUACAUCGAGGCCGUACCGGUGUACUUCGCACCUCAUGCAUGCGAACCGGUCACGUACGACAUCUUGGACACGGACUUCGAUAUCAUUUUGGGAAUGCCUUGGCUUGCAAGUGCGGAUCACACGGUCAACUUUCACCAGCGGACUCUCACCGUUCGCGACGCCUUCCGCGCCGAGGUGUCGUCGGAUGAGAACGCGAAACCGUUCUUCCAAAAGCUUUAUGACGAUGCCGUGCAGAGGGAGAGAGAGGCAGAGGCAGCAGCCAGAGCCACAAGCAUUGUUGAUCAGGUGGCCUUCCUGCAGGUCCCGGAAGCUAAUGCUGACCGGUUCCAAGAAAGGUUAGCUGCUGCCGUAGCAGCCUUGGUUCGACUGCGGACCCUGGAAGACCUUGAGUUCCGUGUGACAGCACUGGAGCAGCGGAACCAAGAGCUGCAGGCUGAGAUACUCAGCCUUAAACAGUCCCAAUUGUCUGCCCCUCGUCCUCCUAACCCUCGACCUGCUGCAGUCCCAGUCUCUCAAUCUAGCACAGUCCUCACGACAAGAGCAAGUGGAACUGUGACGAGCGCAGGAACCGGUGCCAGCUCCUCAAGCGGCAGCGCCGACAGUUCUGCACUAGUCAUAGUCCCAAAUGCAGGGACAUCAGCCCAAAACGCCACAGUCCUUACUGGCGUACAGUACAUCGGUCCCGUAGUGGACAAGCGGGCGGCCACUCUGCCGUCCAAGUACGAAAGCGGAUAUCACCUCUUGGAUUAGUUCCAUGCGCUCGUACUUCGAGGUUAUGCGGACACCG